AUGAAGACCUCCGCCAUCCUCUCCACCCUCACCCUCUUCUUCGCCUCCUCGGUCUCUGCGCAGGCAGCCUGUGAUGCCGCGGCCGCCGCCAUCCCCGCAUGCGGCGCUUCAUGCAUAAGCACCGCAGCCGGAGCGCAAGGCUGCCCCACCGUCGCAUCCGACUACACCUGCCUCUGCGCCCACGAAGCAGCCAUCGAGACCGCAGCGCGCAGUUGCGUCCUGACUGCUUGCGGAUUCCUGGAAGCGCUGAAUGUGCAGAGCAAGGCCAAGGCUGUGUGUGAUUGCGUGAACGGCGCUUAGGAUCAAAAGCAGACAUGGGAGAUCAGACGUGGACGGGAGAAAAGGGAUAACUGCAAUGAUGUAAUAAAAAAGGGUAUCCAGUCAUCAAUCAAAACC